AUGGCUUCCGUUACAUACUCGUCGACAAGAGGUGGUCAGAAGAAUCUCGAUUUCCGAACCGUCGUUAUGACUGGUUUGGCACACGACCGUGGAUUGUUCGUUCCAGAUUCGAUCCCAACUGUCACUACGGAAGAAGUUGAGAGUUGGAGAGGAUUGUCAUAUGCUGACCUCGCCGUCAAGGUCCUUUCUAAGUUUGUCAAGGAAGAUCAAGUGCCAGCUGACAAGUUGGAGGACAUUGUGAAGCGGUCUUGUGCUGCCUUCCGCCAUGAAGAUGUCACUCCUGUUAUUGAUGUUGCUGGACAUGCUGUUUUGGAACUCUUCCAUGGCCCUACAUUCGCAUUCAAGGAUGUUGCACUACAAAUGCUUGGCAACUUCUUUGAGUACUUCUUGGAAACUGGUUCCAAUGGAGGCCGUCUAGCAGUUCUUGGAGCCACCUCUGGGGAUACCGGUUCUGCGGCCAUCUAUGGUUUGCGUGGAAAGAAGGGAAUCGACUGUAUCAUUCUUUUUCCCAGAGGCAGAGUUUCGCCAAUUCAAGAACGGCAAAUGACCACCGUUGAAGACUCUAACAUUCACUGUGUCGCAGUGGAAGGAACUUUUGAUGAUUGCCAAGAUCUAGUGAAGGCUAGCUUCAACACACCAGAGUUCAGAGACAGGGUAAAACUUGGUGCUGUCAAUUCAAUCAACUGGUGCCGUGUCCUUGCUCAGACAACCUACUACUUCUGGAGUUAUCUUCGCGUCACUGAUAAGGCUGAACUCAAGGACAAGCCCGUCAGUUAUUCCGUCCCAACAGGAAACUUCGGAGACAUCCUUGCUGGAUUCUACGCCAAGAAAAUGGGUCUGAACGUUGGUAAGCUCGUCGUAGCAACAAAUGAGAAUGAUAUUCUGCACCGUUUCUUCACAAAGGGAGAAUAUCACCGAGAGCCUAUCGCUAAGAGUAUCUCUCCAAGUAUGGACAUCUGCGUGUCCAGUAACUUUGAGCGUUACUUGUUCUUCCUUGCUGGAAACGACUCAGAAAAGCUUGCUAGUUGGAUGAAGACUUUUGAGACAACCAAGAAGCUUGAUAUUUCGGGAGACCUGCUUCAAAAGGCUCAAUCAGACUUUACCUCGGCACGGGCAGAUACUAAGAUGACAUUGGAUGUCAUCAAGGAAUACAAUGAUAAGCAUAACUACGUUAUGUGCCCGCACACCGCUGUCGGUGUCAGCGCUAUCCGUCAGCUAGGAGAGGUGAAUAGCACGAUGGUCUGCUUGGCGACUGCUCAUGACGGAAAGUUCCCCGCCGCUGUUAAGCAAGCGAUCGACCCUCUUCCUGACGCUCCAAAGCAACUUGCCGUACUUUCAGAGCUUCCUACUCGGGUUUCUGAUUGCCCAAAUGACUUGAAACAAGUCCAAGAAUUUAUGGAAAAGCGCAUCGCAGAGAGAAUUGCAUCACAGGCAUAA